AUGAAUACUGAUUAUUCACUUAUUAUUAACUAUGAUUUUACUGGUUGGUACGGAUCAUGGACGGCUUUGAUGGAGGGUGUUACAAGGACCCUGGCUUCGGGAGAAGGAUUUCAAUUGGCUGGAGAUGAUCCUCCAAGAAACCGUGAAGUGGUCAAUGGAAUGAAUAUUGCGGCUCCCGUAAGAUGUGUGAAAGAUCAGGAAGGAACGAAUGGCUUCGACGUGUCGAAGGGGUUCUACUACCAGCCAAUACUAAUGCAAUCUGUUCAGGAGCCAGCUUGGAUCGCUGUCCAGAAAAUGCAUAACAUGGCAAGAAGAUCUUCCUUGAGGUUCCCCGAGCCUGAACUCUACAGCCAGCUGCAUGUCGCCAUUGAGCAUUCCAAUGAGCGCGUACUUGAAGAUCCUGUAUGGCUGACAGCAGUUGCUGAGUCAAUCAAUAGCGUGCGAUUGGUCCUCCGAUUGAUGACUGCUUGGAGAUUUUGGAAGAUUGCUGACUUGAGCUCGGGUGGCAGAUCAAGUAAGUUCCUUCGUGGUGCUGUAUGGUCUGUAUUGAGUUCUGGGUAA